AUGAUUUCCGUUUACCCCUACGGCUCACCUCCACCUUCUCAGUCCCGUUCGUCUUCUCUCUACAGCCCUCCUCCACCACCACCGUGCCAAUCCUCUGGCGACACCCCUGUCGGUGCCCCACACUCCGCCUUCCCGCCUGGCAUCAACCCCAACGUAAUCACCGGCUUCCAGUUAACUGAUCGGGCUGGCAAUGGGUUUAUAGAUGAUAAGGAGCUCCAGUUGGCGCUAUCCUCGGAUAAUCAAAGUUUUAGCCUAAGUACUAUUCAUCUCCUCGUGUAUCUUUCCACCAAUACCAAUAACAGAAAGAUCGUCUCAAUCGGUGAUCGAGGAUCAGUGGUUUCGAUUCGUUGGUGGGUGGGGGAGGGUUGGGACUUGGGAUGGUCGGAGAGGAGAGAUGGUUGGGUGGGUUUGUGCGAGAGAGACGGAGAGAGCAGUAGGGGUGGGUUUGUGGAAUUGUGGCUGCUGGACUUGCCUUAG